GACAUGGGCGGACCUUACGUUAGCUGACGCCAUGGCAACAGAGGCUAAGCUAAUCUAUUAAGGGCUCGGGACAAAUAAGUUUUAAGAAUGUCUGAACUUAAAAUGUAACCUCAACUGACUUUAUUUCUCCCGUUAAUUUGACUCAUAACAGAAGCUGUUAUGUUUAAUACUGCCGUCAUGCGUUCAGCAGCCGCAGAUGGUCAGCUGAAGUUCAUGUUAAGUCAUUAUUAGAGGAAGGCUGAAACUCAGGUCAUGUCCGCGGAUCACUCGGCGUCAAUGGCCGGGACUCACGGCCUCUUGCGCGGCCAGCGCACCCGGUCGUACGGCAGCCUGGUGUCCUCCUCAUUAUCGCCCCUUAGACAAAGACGAAUUGAGCAUAAAGUCCAGCCGGGUGAGACCUUGCAAGGACUGUCACUGAAAUAUGGCGUGUCUAUGGAGCAAAUCAAAAGGGCAAACAGACUGUACACAAAUGAUUCGAUAUUCCUAAAGGAGUCCCUCUUCAUCCCUGUGCUGGUAGAGUCUGUGUCUUUCACAAAUGGAGUUGAAUUGACCCAGGACGAGACAAGUCCAACACAAAUACACGCUGAGAUUUCUGAUGAGAUCCCCAAAAGCAGAACAAACUCUAUUUGCGAAGCGAACGCUGAUCUGUCACCAGUGGAAUACCUAAAAAAGAUGGACAGCUUGAUCAGUCAGUCCAAACAAGCAGCUGUGAAGACCUGCCAGGAGGGAGAGAAACAGUUUUCAUCUCUGGAGCAACUCCAUCACAGCAGUCUGACGUCUGACAGAGCUUCCUCCCAGCAGGCCAUUUUGGGAGCUGUUCCCAUUACAAUCACCAAACGGUCCAGGAAUUUGAGGGAUAGGGAGGAUGAGAUCUUCCAGCUCUGAUGUAGGCAUUUAUUAGGACUCCUCUGUUUUCCGUGUUAUUUAUACAAGUCGAUUGUUUUAGAGGGCUCAUUGGUUUUCAUGCCGUUAUAAUGUGGAGAUUGCUGAAGUGAUUCGCAAUAGUUUUUUUAAAUUAAAACUACUUUCAGCUUUAGACAGGUAUAAUCAACGUAAGAGCACUGUAGCUUGAUGCCUAAAAGUAAUAAUGUGAAUAAUUCUGCUGUAUUUCAUAUAAGCGUAACCAAAGUAACGACAGACAGAUCUGCGUGUGACACAGAUGACUGCAUUUAAAUGGAAUAACUAAUUGGGAAUCUAGCUUGAAAAAUUUAUAUUGAUUUUAAUACUACCUCACAAAUACUUGCUAGAAAUACUAUUAUAGUUUUAGAAAACUGAAAAGUAUGCACUUUGAGAAUGUGCCACUGGACGUAUUUCUGUCAAACUUGUGAACACGAUGCAUGGUUUUGCACUGCAGUCACAUGCUUGGUGUUUUUCUGUUUGGUUUACAUUGUGCUAAAGUGUCUAAUGGCCUUUGUGGUUGCAAAAACACGAUAAAGACUUUGACAGUGAAGACUCAUUUCCUGGACUUGUUCAUGUUUUGCAUCAGUGAUAUAAAUGUUGUGAUAUGAAAUGCACAAAUUAAAUGCCAUAAUUAUGUA